CUGUUUUGCUGAAGAACACUAAAACAAGCACUCCAGUUAAGGGGAUGUAGUUUGACUUUAUAUUUACACUUUUAAAUCUACAUAGACUACCUGAACGAAGAAUGCACCAAUUGCAAGAAGACCUUGUUGUUGCUGACAGCGGAAGACUUCCUCUCAAAGCUGUUUAAAUGAGAAUGUCCCUGGCGCAAAGAGUGCUACUGACAUGGCUUUUCACGUUACUCUUCCUGAUCAUGCUGGUGCUAAAGUUGGAUGAGAAAGCACCAUGGAACUGGUUCCUCAUUUUUAUUCCAGUCUGGAUAUUUGAUACUAUUCUUCUAGUUAUGUUAAUUGUAAAAAUGGCUGGACGUUGCAAGUCUGGCUUCGAUCCUCGCAACGGCUCCCAAAACAUCAAGAAAAAAGCCUGGUAUCUCAUUGCAAUGCUAUUUAAGUUAGCCUUCUGCCUUGCCCUCUGUGCUAAAUUGCAACGAUUUACUACGAUGAAACUAGCCUACGUAUUUAUCCCUUUGUGGGCCUUGCUUAUUGGGGGUAUGAUUGAACUUGGAUAUAAUAUCUUCUAUGUACGAAGAGACUAAGCUAUACUAUGUGGUUUUUGACGCUGAGAGUGGUACCGAAUUACUGGAUUAUUAUACCUUUGCCACGAACUCGAUCUCCAAAUUAGAACGCCAAAUAAGAAAUCAGUCAUACUGGAGACUUUCUCUAAACCAGGCUGAAGACUGAGAGUAGACUUGUUCCACUUUUUAUUUUAGAACUGUCACAUAUGCUCUUGUAAAUAAAAGUACCUGUUCAACG